UUCUACUUUUAAUUCGAUUUGGGGAACACGUAAAAAUCCUCUCUUUCUCUUCGCGCGAGGCAGCCAAACCCUAACCACUCUAACCCUAGAACUAGAAGCCUUUUCUUUUCUCUCUCUCUCUCUCUCUCUCUCUCUCUCUCUCUCUCAUUUCACCAUGGCUCAUCACAUGUCCUCUUCCGAUCACGACCCGAACUCAGAUGCGUCCAAGGCCCGCCUCUACAACCCGUACCAGGACCUCCAGGUCCCGAUGCGAAACCUCUACCAGCUCCCAACGUCCCCGGAGUUCCUCUUCGUCGAAGAGGCUCGCCGUCAGCGUCGCUCCUGGGGAGAAAACCUAACCUUCUACACCGGCUGCUCCUAUCUGGCCGGCGCAAUCGGCGGCGGCACAACCGGUCUCGUCUCCGGUGUCCGCUCCUUCGAGGCCGGCGACACCACCAAGCUCAGGAUCAACAGGGUACUCAACUCCUCGGGCCACACGGGUCGGGUCUGGGGAAACCGGCUGGGCGUGAUCGGGUUGAUCUAUGCGGGUAUGGAGAGUGGGAUUCAGGCGGUGAGAGAUACGGACGAUGUUUUGAAUAGCAUCGCGGCCGGACUCACCACCGGCGCGGUGUACCGAGCUGCGAGGGGCGUGAGGUCGGCCGCGGUGGCCGGAGCCGUCGGAGGAGUCUUGGUCGGUGUGGCUGUCACGGGGAAGCAGGCGCUCAAGCGAUACGUGCCGAUAUGAUCAGGGAGGGUUCGUUUGUGAUGCCAGUGGUGUGGUAUUAUUGGCUUUUUCUCUGUCUCGUUAGGGUUUGGAAAUUUUGAUAGUCCCGUUAGGAAUCGGAAUUUAUGAUAAAUGAAUAUAUGUGGGCAAUGCAUGGUGUUGCUGUGCUUGGAAUUUUAAAUGGAAUUGAUUAUUUGAUUAACAAGUAGUUGAGCAUGGGAGUGACCAUGCUUUCAUACUAGUUUUCUUGUUAAAAGUUCUAUUGUAAUUUGUCGAAUUGUCCUGAUGAUGAAUAAUUGGGAUGCAUUUAAACUUCUGGGUUGCAUUGUAUAUUCAAUGAUUUUUCAAAUUUGCUUUCUUUGAUAACA